GGGACCAUGAAACAGCUCCAGGAGCCGGGUGGAGAAGUGAGCCAGGAAAACCCACCCAACUCUGUGAUCCUCUUCUCCGAGACGCUCGCCGGCAAGCAGCAACCUCAAGAGGCUCAAACGAUGAAAAGCGCCCACUCUUUCACUGGACUCUUGCUUCUGAUCAUUGUCCAGAGCAGCUGGCAGGUCCCCGACCAAGACACAGAGGAGAACUCGAGCCUCAUGACAGAGGACUCCUUCUUCAACGAGCCCAGAGCGCUCUCAAACAUGAAGAGACAUUCAGAGGGAACGUUUUCCAACGACUACAGUAAAUACCUGGAGACGAGACGAGCACAGGACUUCGUCCAGUGGCUAAAAAACACGAAAAGAAAUGGCAGUCCCAUCAGGCGCCAUGCAGACGGCACCUACACCAGCGACGUCAGCUCCUACCUGCAGGACCAGGCAGCCAAAGAGUUUGUAUCCUGGCUGAAGACCGGCCGGGGCAGACGAGAGUAGACCGCCCCCGACGCCGACGGCACCGCCAUCGCCCUGAACCCCCAACUCCCCGACCCCCAAGUGACGCAACCUGUCAACAGACCCCAUGCUGACUUUGUGCCAUGAAAUAUUUUACACGUUGUACUGCCCUCUGCCUUGGCCAUGCUAUUAAA